GUCAACAUACUAGCGUUAGUAAUUUCGCACCCGGCCCACCACACACGUAUAUAUAUACCGGGGUAAAUUAGAUAUUUUGACCUGGGAAUGGACAGCGGAAUGCAGAGUUGUCGUUAGAGAAUCGAAUUUGCUGGACUAAACGCGGAGGAAUGAUUUAAAUUGGAUUUAAAACCAACGCAAACCCGUAGGCUCGGUCCAGCCCGGUAUUGGUCUGCUUCUCGCCGUCGGUGGUGACUCACGGAGCUCGGGCCGUUCACGGAGCAUUGCUGACCGGUCGGAUAAAUCUACGGAAGGAGCGACAGGAUUUCAGCAUGAAGUUCAAACCGAACCAGACGCGGACGUACGACCGGGAAGGAUUCAAGCGGCGGGCGGCGUGUCUGUGCUUCAAGAACGAACGGGAGGAUGAGGUGCUGUUGGUCAGCAGCAGUCGAAACCCGGAUCAGUGGAUUGUUCCUGGAGGAGGGAUGGAGCCGGAGGAGGAGCCAUGUGGAGCUGCUGUACGGGAGGUCUUUGAGGAGGCUGGAGUGAAGGGUAAAUUAGGACGUUUGCUCGGUGUGUUUGAGCAGAACCAGGACCGGAAACACCGGACGUACGUGUAUGUUCUGACGGUCACAGAGACACUGGAUGCCUGGGAGGACUCGGUCAAUAUUGGCCGGAAGCGCGAGUGGUUUCCCGUCGAUGAGGCCAUCAAGGUCCUGCAGAGCCACAAACCUGUUCAUGCCGAGUACCUGAGACGCCUGCGGAUCAGUCGCCCAUCCAGCACCACCAACGGCAACCUGCUCCUGCCCCAGACAUCUCCCAGCACCCUCACACCGUUCUUCAGUGCUCCGGCGUCAGCCGCACGCAGAUAGGACACACACACACUCAGUACAGCACACACACGUCUACAUGAACCACCCACACACAUCUCCAGGGCCUUUAUGACCCUCACAGCACCUCUUAGGCACCUUUGGGACGUUCUUUAGAGGGACAAACCAAAGUCGUGUGGGAUUUCCGGUGAAGAAUGCCUUAACCAUUUAUUUUUGAAGUCGGUUACUGUCGGCUGAUAGGUUUUAGUUGUUGUAAUGGAAUAAUAAUUAUUGACCAGCUUUACAUAGCAGUUACAUGGAAGUGCACUUCCAUUAUUUCUCCAUCACACUCACCCGCAGAGUUUGGCAUUCUGGGAUUGUGACGUAGGGAAUGUCAGUUUCAUUCCACGUGGCUUUAUCAGCGUUUGACCUCUGAAUUCAGUCCGUUAGCGCUGUCGUGACCCCAGACUUCCCUUUAAGACUCAGACGAACCCUUUAAAAGCCCCCUUCACUGCUGCUCCUGACCGGAUAACUGGAUUCCUGAAAGCAUCAGAGAUUCCGGUCGAUGAGAUUUCUGGGAAUUGGUUGGUGAGCAGGAGAGUCGUAAUCUCAUUUUAUGCUUUGAUUAAAAAACAAACGUUUGUAAAUAUACUAAAAGACUGAAGAUGACAAAUGAUGUAUGAUGGUUUUUAACUAAAAUGCAAAUGUAUUAAUCUUUUCUGCUCGUAACUCUUUCUAUGAGGUCUUUCUUUAGGUGAUUUUGAAAAGAGAACAGAACUGUGAAUUUUGUCAGAGAAAAAAAAUAAAUGCUAACGGGUAAAUCUCAUGGAACUGGUCAAGAACAUGCACAGGUCAUAUUUCAGUACAAAAAUUUUAUGUAUAUAU